AUGUUCAAAUACUGCGUUCAGUGUCUAGACGUCUACAUGAUACCUUUUCCACAGCCGCCAUCACGCGUGCAGGUUCCAAAUAGUGUUCCCGGUGGUACAAGGUCAAAAGAGGAGAAGGACGCCCUGGAUGCGCUAGCAUAUUUGUUCACGAUGCUAAACUUGGACGUUUUUGGUGAAAUAUUCACUAAGUACAUGGACUUUUUUGUGGUACGCAUGGCAAAGAACCUACCACUGCAGUUGGCGUGCAACGCCUUUCUGGUCCGAGCAGAUGUUUCAUUCAGAUUUGGGUGCAUAAUUGUUAAGUAUCUCAUGGAUCGUCUACCGUGCUUAGCAGUGAUGAAUGAUGUCUCAACAUUAUACGUAAAGCUGUUCAAGAUUAUCUUCUCCGCCAUAGGCUGUCAGAAUUCGGCCAGUCCUGAUGGAGAAAUCAUGCUCAAACCGUACUUGCCCGAACUCAUCCGCAAGUCAAUGGAAUAUGCUUUGAGUGCACGAGAUCCUAUCAACUACUUUAUGCUCCUUCGCGCCCUAUUCAGAUCAAUUGGUGGUGGCCUCCAUGAUAUUCUCUAUUCACAGUUUCUCCCUCUACUGCCAGAUUUGAUGCUAUUUUUCAACAAGCUGCAGUGGUGUGAUCAUCGACAAAUGAUGCGGGAACUCUUUGUCGAAUUGUGUCUUACCGUACCUGUGAGGUUGUCAACCUUGCUUCCACAUCUGCCCUUGCUGAUGGAACCGCUCGUUUGUGCUCUCAACGGCGGACCAAAUUUAGUCCAGCAGGGCUUGCGUACGCUCGAGCUAUGCGUAGACAACCUGCAACCCGAUUUCUUGUUUGAUAAUUUUUCUCCGGUCCGUGGAGGAAUGAUGCAAGGGCUGUACAAAAUUGUUGGAAAAUCUGUGGAACCUCAAUCGGUGGCGACAGCGGUUCGUGUUCUUGGAAAAUUUGGUGGUGCAAAUCGAAACAUGUUCACCGAACCUCCGAAUUUGAAAUCUCAUCCAAAAGGCGAUCAACCUCCGUUCACCAUUCGCGUGGCAUUUGAUAGGCCAAACACUUCGCAGACGUUCUUCUCAACCAUCUACGGCGAUUUGGCCCUCACUGAAAUUGUUCGCACAGCAUUGAAGCAGAUGCGACUUGAUCCAUCCCAUCAGCAUUAUUCUGUGCAAGUUCGCCAGUAUGCAAUGGAGCGACUCGAGAAUGCUCCCGAUAGUUGCACUGUUUUACGAUGCGCCCGCGAAGGAGAUCGUGCCAUACACUCGGAUGCUCUUAUGAUUCUGUUCUGCGGAAUCGUUGGCAAGGAUUUACGAAGCAAGUACAUCAAAUUUUUCAAUACUACCAUCCGGUAUUUGACACUGCAAGCGCUCCUGGAGUUCACCGAAUGUAAGAGCCAUGGCGGAGAAAUUGCAGGCAGAGCGGCUCUCAUGUCGCUAGACCACCCGGCUCAGUGCAUGGAUGGUGGUAUACUGGUAGAUGCGAUAGUUACGGCGCUCUCAGACUCGACCAAGGAUUUCUGUCAGUCUGCCAUCGUAGGACUGCGGCACAUAAAUGACGUGUGUCGAGUAGUGAUACCGGAUUUGGAAGUGAUGCCACGAAUACCGUUUGUGCGGUACUUGAUAGAGAGCGUGAGCGCACUGUGUUACGCUUCUUCGUGGUUCGUACGAUUGGGAGGAGCGAGCGGGUUGAUGUAUUUCAUAGAAAAUUAUCCGGACUCCGUGGUUCUCGCCAAUAUGAGCGGAUUCAUGGAAAGCUUGAUUGAGGUUCUCAUUGGGAUGACUGAUCAGGUGUCUUGUGGUGCCGUGGACAUGGCUGUAGGAGCCAUAGAAAAAUUGCAGAAACGAUGUCUUGCCGGUUGUAACAUCAACGAUCCGAAAGUAUCCGUGUUUAUGAAUUGCGUUGCAAAUCAUUUGUUCAGCGGGAACCAACACGUAAGACAGAAGACGUUGGCCAUGCUGAAUACGUGUGCAGGAGUACUUGGAGUAUCACUUUCUUCGUUAAUGUGCAGCUAUCGAGAAGUGUUCGUAGCACAGAUAGAGCGUGCAAUGAACGAAUUCAAUGUACUGGCACUGCUUGACCGUUGUGGAUGUUUGGAAGCGUUGUGUACGAUUUUCACCUGCCAGCCUCCCCUCGUUGACAUCUCGAUUGAGUCGGACAGAACUCAGAAGUUUGCGAGUGAGCUCAUUGCUGUGUGCCAGAUGCAUAUCAACGAAAUGCUUGAGCUUGAACUUUUCAAAUCAAUGGACGGUUGCCCUGCUCAUUUCCUUCCACCGUAUACUGUCAGCGAGAAAGCUGAGUACUACAAAAUCUUUGUAACGUUAGAAAAGAUUGCCUGCGUAACUAUCGAAACAAUUCUCUGCCCAAUACCGUCUGUGGUUAAAGCCGCUGAAGAAGCUCUUAUGCAGAUCUCUCCAAUUGACGCCAACUGUGUGCAAAUAGUUGGAGAACCAGUGUUCGAUUUGUUCCGUGAAUCGGACGGUGAGAAUCGCAACUCGGGUUCAAACUACAUUUGUGGCCACGUUAGUCGCUUCCCUCUUGAUUCAUCACCAGCAUCAAUCCCACAACUUGACGGUCAGGAUGUGGAAGCGAUCACUCAGACUGUGCGUCUGUUACUUCUUGUUGAAGACCCGUCAGGCUCCAAGCUGGCCACGGAUAUCACCGCUUUCAUUGCAUAUUUCGACCAUCACUACUGCACGAGCGCUUACGAUGCUUGGAUUCCACCUUUGGCGACUUUAUUGUCGCGUUACGCUCGGGAGUCUAUGGCUUUCUUCCUAUCUGAGGAAUCGCUUUCGAUGUCAUGUCGAAGAGCUCUGCUGAGAAAGCUGAUCAAAGACGAAGAAUGUUCUCCUAUACGGAAUUUGCUUAUGCAGGAUUCGUCAUAUUUCGUGAACCUACUUGAAAAUAGAGUCAUGGAUGUUUCUGGUGAGUGGAGAGAUCCAUCUCCCUCACAGCAAACCGAGUCGGGUAUCAUGGAGCGCGAAAUGUUAUGUCUCCACAUAAUUGACGCUGUUUCUCGGCGAAACGUUCAGUGGUUCGCUGGUGCCAAAGAUCUGGUUAUCAAACUGAGACAGUUGUGGAAUAAUGCAGAUUUCAAAGGACGUUAUGUGGUUCAUGCGCCAUGCAAUAAAGACCUACUGGAACUGACGAUUAAACCGAUGACAGAGCACAAAUAUAAGGUCCCAAGGCUCUUAGUGAACUGUUUCAUCCGACAUUACAGACGUAUUCCAUGGAAUGGCGACGGAAGCUAUUUUCCUAUGUUCUGGGGAAGUUUGAAGCAGGCGGCUCCACUG